AUGCCAGAUAUAGUGGGACUGCAGCUCACAGAAUUCCCAUCCAGCAGUCAUUCCCAGCAUAUCUGGAAGACGAUAGCCUUGAGAAGAAAUAAAAGGAGAGGUGAACGGAGCAAGAGUUCGGCUGCGCAUGUCAAUGGCACCACUGCCCAUCACAAUGGGGAGGAUAACUCUUUGGGGAAAGAAGUUGAAUCUUUUCUGAGUGACCAACAACAAUUCUCUUGCAUCAGUGACCUUACCAAAGUGAACCCUGUAACCACCACAACUGUUUUGAAGUGUCUGCAAGCAAGAUAUGCUGUCGAUGUGUUUUAUACCAACGCGGGGUGCAGCCUUGUGGCCAUCAACCCGUUCCGCCCAGUUCAGCCUCUCUACUCACAGGAGCUCAUGAAGGAAUACCACACUGUUGCUCAUCUUCAGGAAUUAAAGCCUCAUAUUUUCACGGUAGCAGAAGAAAGCUACCGAAAUGUCCAGAGCCAGAUUCCACUAGUCAAUCAGUCCAUAAUUGUUAGUGGGGAAAGUGGCGCUGGUAAGACAUGGACAUCCCGCUGCCUGAUGAGAUUUUAUGCAACUGUUGCGGCUUCAUCUGACAUCUCGGAAGGCAACAUAACCGUGGAGAGGAUAGAGCAGAGGGUGUUGGACUCCAACCCGGUCAUGGAAGCUUUUGGAAACGCAUGUACGCUUCGGAAUAACAACAGCAGCCGCUUUGGGAAAUACAUCCAGCUUCACUUAAAUAGAUAUCAGCUUUUGACGAGUGCCUCCAUUCAGACUUUUCUGCUGGAGAAAACAAGAGUUGCUUAUCAAGCCCCACAGGAAAGGAAUUUCCAUAUUUUUUAUCAGAUUUCAAAAGGUGCCACGCAGGACGAGCGACGAGAAUGGGACCUUCUGGAGAGUGCGCGUUUCUGUUGGCUUCCAAAUUCUGAAAAGACUCUAGAAGAAGACUGUUUUGAUGUGACUCGGGAGGCCAUGACCCACUUGGGUAUUGAUCGUUUCACCCAGAAUAAUGUUUUUAAGAUACUAGCUGGUCUUCUCCAUUUGGGCAAUAUCCAGUUCUGCGAGUCAGAGGAUGAGUCACAACCUUGUGAGUUAGAAGACCUGGCCAAAGGCUUUGCAGGGACUGCUUCCCGGCUUUUAAGAGUGCCCGAGGAGCAGUUGUUGGACACGCUCAAGAUCCGGAGGAUAACUGCUGGGAGACAGCGGCAAGUGUUCAGGAAGCCUUGUCUCAAGGCAGAGUGUGAAACAAGAAGAGACUGUCUGGCCAAGGUGAUUUAUGCCAGGAUCUUUGACUGGCUGGUGUCCGUGAUCAAUGGAAGCAUCUGUGCCCCAACGUCCGCGUGGAGCAACUUCAUAGGUCUGCUAGAUGUUUACGGUUUUGAAUCCUUUCCAGAAAACCACCUGGAACAGCUGUGCAUCAACUAUGCUAAUGAGAAACUGCAGCAGCAUUUUGUCAGUCAUUUUCUGAAGGCGCAGCAGGAAGAGUAUGCUGAAGAAGGUCUUGAAUGGUCCUUUGUAAACUACCAGGAUAAUCAAACCUGUCUGGACGCCAUUGAGGGCAAUCCUGUUAGCAUCUUCUCCUUGCUCAAUGAGGCAUGUCGCCUUAACUGGUCCUCCAAUGCCGGGCAGUUCCAAAGUCGGAUUGAGACUGCGCUGUCCAAGAGCUCCUGUAUAAGCCGAGACAAGUUUAGGAAGGAGCCAAACUUCAUUGUAUCCCAUUAUGCCGGCAAUGUCUGCUAUCGAGUUGAGAGUAUGGUAGAAAAGAAUAAG